AUGGACGAGGAAGUAGCUUCAGAUAACGAAAUUGGUCGAAAGAAAGUUAGUCUUCAUACUGACGUUGCUAAUGGAAUAAAAUAUGCGAUAGCAACGUUAGAUGAAAACGAGUCGGGAAAAGUAGCCAAAUCUCACCUACAAGCUGUUGUUGCCAACAUUUGUCAAGCCUUUGGAAUUUCUUACGUUAGUGAUGAUUUGGAUGGAUAUUUACCAGAACAAACAGAGCUAUCUGUUUCUGAAUUUCUCGAAUUUUUAGAAAGUAAAUUACUUGUCAAAGGGAAAAAGCUGGAUCCUAAAAAACUUGAUAAGCUUUCUUGGGUACUAGUUGGUCAAAAUUAUGAAGAUUCUCCUCACAUCUUAACAAAAAAUGAUGCUUUCAAAUUGUGGUGUAUCUUCAAGAAACUUGAUGUUGGCUGUGAUCUUCGUGUUGACAUUGAAGAACUUUGUAUCAUUAUGGAAAAGUUUGUUAGGGGUCUUGGACUUCAGUGGAGUGAGGCUUCCCUCCACAAGUAUGAGGUGGAUGGGGCCUUAACCUUUUGGAAAUUCAUCAAUUGUAUGGAGGAAUUAUUAGAAGGAGUCGAAAAAAGUGUUCUAAAUGAAGGUCUUCGGGAACUGUAUGAUUUGAUACUUGAUGAAGUGAUGCGAACUGGAUUUCUUACAAAGAAGGGUCACAGUGUUAUAAAAAGUCAAAAAAGUCGAUGGUUUGUUCUGAAGUCUGGCACCUUGACUUAUUAUGUCUCAAGUGGUUAUUAUUUAAAGAAAGGAGAAAUAAUCUUAAAUAAAAAUGCCAAAGUCACUAGUAUUCCUGAUAAAGGAAGCAACAAGUACCGUUUCUCUGUUGUAUGUGGUUCGACUAACAAAGAAUUUGAGCAAAUUGCUCCUGAUCAAAGGACCAAACAAGCGUGGAUAAAUGAUAUACAAAUGGCUAUAGAUUGCUUUGGUGGCAACUCACCAUUGAUAAGAGAUCUCUUAUCACGAAAAGCAAAGCGUGAUGAGAUGCGUGCGAAAAAGGAUGAAGAAGAAAGAAAACGCAGAGAACAGGAAAAUUUGCUUAACGAACAAAGAAAGGAAAUUGAUUUACUUAAGAGAAGGAAAGAUGAAAUUGAGAAAAGCGCGGAGGAAGAGAAAGCGUUGUUGGAUGCUGAAAUAAAACGCCGUGAGGAACUUGAGGAAUUACAACGAAAUCUACAGCAACUUUUAGAAGAUCAAAAAAAAGCAAGAGAAGAGGAUGAGAAGAUCCGAGCUGCCAAAGAAAGAUUGUUGGAAGAAGAACGCGCGAAACGAGAACAACUGGAAGCUCUGCGACAACAGCAACAAGAAGAACUACAGAGUGAAAAAAUACAGAAGGAAGAAUUAAUAGUGAGACAGAAAGAACAGGAACGAGUUCUUGAAGAGGAACGUAAGAGACUUCAACAUUUGGAGGAAGAAAGGGAGAAAGCUGAAGAAGCAGCAAAAGCUGCAAAAGAUAAGUUAACAGCAGCUGAGACAGCGGCAAAAAAUGCAGCAGAAAAAGCCAAGGACAAAGUAAGACAACUGAAAACAUCAAUCGGUCUUAAAGGAACUGUUGGUCCAAAAGUUGAUCCUUUAGUCACUCAUCGUGGAAAAGGUGCAUUUACUUUGGAAGAAUUUUUAAGUCGUGCUACUGAAUGGAGUGGCCUAACCUUGGAUGAAGAGAGAGCAAAAUCAUCUGCACCAGAGGUUGACGAGCUAGUCAAGGCCUCGUCAACUCCAGCAUCAAAUCAGAACAUUCCUGAAUUUUUAAAAAAAGCUGCUGCCUGGAGUGGUCUCAACCCAGACACUUAUCUAGAAAGUGGAAAACUUGAAAACACUGAAAAAGAGUUCUCCACCCAAAGUUGCGGCAAAACCUCCAAAACCUGUAUCAUCUUCGGAAAACAGUACGGAGCCCGAUCAAGGCGGGGAAAAAGUACAGUUUGGUAUGAAUGCUGGCGAUGAUGUUAAAGAAAUACCACAGAGAGAUGAUUUGCUUGCACAUGAUAGUGGUGAGAGAUACAUAGAUGAGCCACUGAAAGGUGAUCAGGAUACAUGUAAUGGUGGUGAGGAUAAAGAAGAACCACAGAAUGAUGUCAAGGAAACGUGUAAUGGUGGUGAGGAUAAAGAAGAACCACAGAAUGACGUCAAGGAUAUGUGUGAUGGUGGUGAGGAUAAGAUUGAGGAUAAAGAAGAACCACAGAAUGACGUCAAGGAUAUGUGUGAUGGUGGUGAGGAUAAGAUUGAGGAUAAAGAAGAACCACAGAAUGACGUCAAAGAUAUGUCUGAUGGUGGGGAGGUAAAGGUUGAGGAUAAA